CGACGCCGACGGCCACCUCCUCUCUCCGCCUCCCGACUCUCGCUCGGUCUCUGCUGCCGCUCUCUCCUGUCUCCUCUCGUUCUCUACCCAGUCCCCAUCUCUUAAUUGACUAAACCCUAGGGCGGCCGGCAGGCACACCACAGCCCCGACUGCGCGGUCAGCGAGGGAGGCAGGGAGCGCCACCUCGCCGCAGCCGAGCAGGCGAGCAGCAGGACAACAGCGAGGUCGAACGCCUCAGCGCCACACGCACACGAUUUCAGGAGGCGGAAAAUUUCACUUGGAAGAUGGUUCAACUCUUUUUGCAAGUGCCGGCAGAAGUUGGCAGUGUUAAUACAAUUGCUGUGAAAGCUAGAAGAUCUCUUCUUAGCAAUGCUGAGUCCAUAAUCAAGUCAGUUAUUAAAUCAGGAGGCAGGUAUGAGGCCCGGCUGUGGCUGCACAGUACUGUCUCAUCGGUCCAUUCGCUCAAUCGCCAUGAUCAGCGGGACCUGUUUCUCGAUCUCUUGGAGAUGAAGAAUUCCAGACAGGAUGUUUCUGCCCGCUUGCUGCGGAUGAUUUUUGAAAAGAAGCCUGAAAGAGCAGGCUAUAUUCUAGCAAAAAAAUGUCACAUGUUGGAGGAGUUCUUCCGAGGAAACCCGGGACGGACAAUGCAGUGGUUUGGUCACUUUGCUGUUACAGGGGAAUCGACACAUAAAAAAGGUGCUAGGGCACUUUCCCAGUUUGCAUUUGUAAAUCGUGAUAUUUGCUGGGAAGAACUUGAGUGGAAAGGAAAGCACGGGCAGUCUCCUGCUGUUGUUGCUACUAAGCCUCAUUAUUUUCGUGAUCUUGAUGUUCUCCAUACAGUGGAAAAUUUCUUGGAGUAUGUCCCAGACUUCUGGUCUUCUGAUGAGCUUGCUGAUUCUAUUAAAGAUGGCGAAAUACUUCAAAUUGAUACAGAAUAUUUUGUGGAUCAAUUUUUGUAUUUGAUGUAUGAGGAGAAUUCCAAAGAUGCAUGGCAAGUGGUUGAAGAUUUUUUGAUGGACGAGCAGUUUUCCACUCUUUCUCAACAUCUUCUUAUUCAUCUAGAUGAGCAAAGGCUUCUUGAUUUCUUGAAAGCUUUAGGCAAGCUCAUCAGUCCGACUUCACAGUGCAAGGAGUUGGCAUCCCCAUGCUGCUGGCUUGAGGUUCUUUUGUCAGCGCAUGGUGACCACAUAUCGCUAGAUGAUCUUAUCUUAUUGAACUGUGUCAUUGCCAAUGGUAGACAACUUUGGCGCCUCCUGAAUGACGAAGAACAAGAGGAAGAACGGGGGCGGAUGGAUGAGCUUUUGAAGGGUGCAAAUCACUUGACCGAUGCUGAUCAUUUUUCUCUCAUGACAGAAUUCUUGAAUAAAGAAUUUCCUGACACACUUAAGUGGAUAGGCAUUCAGUCCUGGGUGAUUUUCUGUGAUCUGUCGAAGGAUUGCAAAUCAGCAGAUACUUGCGAAUCUUUGUUCUUCCAUAACAAAAUAGAAUUCCGUAAGACUGGCUAUUAUUCAUUAGUUCAAAAUGAUGGGUACUCAAUUUCACAUAAGUCAGAUACUGAUGAUGAGGAUCUCACUAGAAGUAGUCGUAAAAGGAGAAAGAGAAAUAGGAAGAAAAGGCGGCCCAGAUAUGAAUCUGAUGAAGACAAUCUUGACCAGCUGCUUGAACUUGCAUCUUCCAAUAGUAAGAACGGUGUUGAGUUACAACGUGGAAGCUGGCAUCUUUCGACUGAUGGUUUUUCUGCUUCAUGGGAUAUUGCAGACAUACCGGAUCACCUUUCUACUUGUUAUUUCAAGAUAUGGAUAAAGUGGGCUUGCUUUAGAUGAUCCUCUUGGCUGAAUGUGUAUGGCAUACUGCUACAUUUGGGGUAAAAAAUCGUGGAGCAUGGAGCUGUAUAUACAGACAUAUUUCCAAAUCACGUCUGCAAUAUUCUUGUGAUGAAUUCUGAUGAUUCAUCCACCGGACAUUCUGAAUGCUGCUUGAGACCCAGGACCACAAAGCUCUCCUUGAGUUGCCCUGUAGGUUAACACCUAUGGAAGAGUUUGGCUGUACUUUUUCCUCAGAUAUGGUCCAGGCUUUUCUUUGGAACAUGUUUCAAGAGUUUGGCUGAGAUUAGAGAUAUUGACUACACAAUUAGUCUGUUUUUCCUGUAAUUAUGCUGUAUAGUGCAAGUAGUGAUUUUGCUCACAAUAUUUCGAUUAAACCUGUUAUACACGGAUAUGGUUGCUGUGAAUUUAACAUCCUUGGCUGUGAUGUUACGCUUUACAGCUAUCUGGUAUAUUCUUUUUCUUGAGUAUCAGCUGUGAAUCUGUAUUGCCUGCA